AUGAUGAACAACAACUUUAUAUAUCAAUUGAUAUUAACAAAAUUAAAUAAUGUAAAUAGUGGUAAUACUAAUAGUGCAAUAGUGAUAUCAAGUAUUUUCAAUAUACUGCUUCAUCAACAUAAUAAUAAUAAAAAGAAACCAUCAUUCAAAUCUGUAAUUUAUCCAUUCUUGGUAUACUUGUCUCAACAAGAACAACAACAACAACAAGAUGAUAAUAAUGGUAAAAAGAAUAAACAACAAGGACAACAACAAAAACAACAACAACAACAACAACAACUACCAAGACUAUUACAAUUAAAGUUAAAUAUUCAAAUUAACAUUUUAGAUUGGUUGUAUACUAUUGUUAUCAAUUCUGAUUGUACUUUGACACCUGUCCACGUAGAGGAGUAUAAUACGAUUAAAACAUUUUUAAUUGAUCAUUAUAUUACAAACACUUUUGGCAAUGGAAUCUAUACAAAUCAUCUUUGGAUAUCUUCUAUCGUUAAUCUUUUAUUUAAUCAUAUUGGUUAUUCAAUUCCAUCAUCUUCUUCAUCUUUGUCCUCGAUUGAAACUGUCAAGCAAAUGAUAUCCACUGUACAUUCAACUGCGGCCAUUCAACCAAAUACAAGUAGUAAUAACAAUAGAAUCAUUUCAUUGAUUCACCCAUCAUUGUCAUCCAAUACAACCAUGAUGAAUGGUGGUAUCAUUAAAAAAGAGAAUAGUCAAGAAUAUGCUAAUGAUCAUUUGGAUACCGGUAAUACGUCAUCAACAUCAAUUGGUAAUGAUAAUCAUAGAGAUAUGGAAUCACUUUUACAAGAUUGGGAUAGUUUAUUCUUGACAUUUAUACCUCAAAUUAAAAAGAAUGAUAAUAGAAUUAAAGAUUAUAAAAAAUAUAUAAUGAAAGAAGAUGAAGAUGAAAUAAUGUCAGAUAUAGAAAAGGAUCAACAAAUCAACUCAAAAUUUCGAGCAAAGAAUGAAGAUGAUGAAAUUGUUUUUGAUGAUUCACCAAAGAUGAUGGAUCAUCAACAACAAGAAUAUACAAACAAAAUCAUCGACAAUAUAAAGAAUAGUACAACCACACACCAAGAUACACCUCAAUCUCAAGAUUUGGAUGAAUCCUUUAUUGAAAAGCCAAAGAGAGUUUUAGUGGACAGGGAAAUCCAAGCGCUGGAUUCUGUUCAUAUCGAACUAUUGAAAAAUCCUAUAUCAAUUACAAGUGAUUUCAGAUCAAAUAUGUCUAUUAUUGUAAAUAUUGAAGAUCCAGAAAUUGUUACAUCACAUUUAAGAUUAGAUAGUAUGGAUAAAUUAGCAUUAAAAGAGUUUAUGUUGGUAUUGAUAGAAUUGGAUAUUGGAUUCAUGUUGGUUUCAAGUUAUUUUAAAACUCUUUUAUUGCCAACUGUACGGUCAAUGGAAACUGUAUCACAAGAUAUGAUGGUAUACUUGACUAGAUGCUUUGUUAGACAUCACACUGCAUUUAUACAUUCGGUUUUGGAACCAUUAUUAAAGGACCCAUUAUCAGCUUCACACACCCUUCUUUUUGUUCAAUUGAUCAAGAGCAUGGAAAUCUCUCCCGACACCAAAUUAACUUUUUUAAAAUCACUCUUUUCUUUUAUUGAAUCAAAUAAUCAAUUUAUAUUUGAUAAGAAUUCAUGUACUAUAUUACAAUCAAUGUUGAAUUUAAAAUUACAUUUAGAAGAACAAUCUUGCAUUUAA